AUGCCUUCUGCCGUUGGGAGUGAGAUGAUUGCGUUGUGCAUCGCAUUCUUACGCUCGUCUGAGUACAUCAAGAACCCCUACCUCAAGUCCUCGCUGGUUACGUUGCUUUUCUCCGGCACGUGGCCGUUUAUGCACUUCAAGAAGGGCGUCCUCGGCGAUCAGCUUUACGGGUCGAAAUUCGCCAACGACAACCUCUUGCACGCGCUGAUGAAGUUCUACAUUGAGGCGGAAUCGACCGGUGCCCAUACCCAGUUCUACGACAAAUUCAACAUCCGUUACGAGAUCUUCCAAGUUAUCAAGUGUGUCUGGGGCAACGACAUCUACAAGCAGCAGUUGACCCGAGAGAGCAAGGUCAACCGACAAUUUUUUGUUCAGUUUGUCAACCUACUGCUCAACGAUGCCACCUACGUGCUCGACGAGGCGUUGACGAAGUUCCCCAAAAUCCAUACUUUGCAGCAAGAGCUGGAAUUCGGCAACAGCCUGUCGGCGCAAGAAAGGGAGAAGAAGCAGGAAGAGCUGCAGGCGCUGGAGGGGCAGGCGGGGUCGUAUAUGCAGCUCGCCAACGAGACGCUGGCGAUGAUGAAGCUCUUCACGUCGGCACUGGCUUCGGCCUUCACGAUGCCAGAAAUCGUGCAGCGUCUGGCGAGCAUGCUGAACUACAACCUGGAGACGCUGGCGGGCCCCAAAAUGGGCCAGCUCAAGGUGAACAACCCGUCAAAGUACCACUUCCAGCCGCGAGUGCUGCUGUCGGACUUUGUCGACAUCUACCUCAACCUGGGGUCGUCGCAAGCGUUCAUCGACGCGGUUGCUUCGGACGGGCGGUCGUACAAGCCGGAGGUGCUGGACAAGGCCAGAUUCAUCCUGUCGAAGCGGAGCAUGAAGGACGCCAGCGAGCUUGAGCAGUUCGACAGACUGAAGAGCAAGUUUGAGGAGUCAAAGAAGAUUACGGACCAGGCGGAACUGGACCUCGGCGACAUCCCCGCCGAGUUCGAGGACCCGAUCAUGGGUGACCUGAUGAAGGACCCAGUGAUCUUGCCGUCAAAGCACAUUGUCGAUCGCGGCACCAUCGUGCAGCACCUGCUAUCGGACCCCAAGGAUCCUUUCACGCGGCAGCCGAUGACGGUGGACGAUGUGAUCCCGCACACCGAGCUGAAGGACAAGAUCGAGAAGUGGAAGGGCGAGAGGAUCGCGGCGGCCAAGGCCAGGGCGCAGGGCGAUGCAAUGGACACGACGCAGGAUUGA